AUGUGGGUCGGGUUGGGCGUCGCGCUCGCGACGGUCGGCGGGAAGAUUUUCGGGGCGAAGAAGCAAGACAUGCAGUCGAUGAUGAUGCAGCAGAUGGUGAAGCAGUUCACGAGUCAAGCCGGGGGCGGGAUGCCGGGCGGGAUGCCGGGCGGGAUGCCGGGCGGGAUGCCGGGCAUGCCGGGCAUGCCGGGCACGCCGGGCACGCCCGGCGCGGCGGGCGGGUUUCCACCGUUUCCGGGCGCUAGCGCCACGCCGCCGGUGGACGUGAAGCCGAGUCCGCCGAAGCCGGCGGCGCCGAAGCCGGCGACCGCGGCGACGCCGACGUCGUCCGGUCGAGGCAGCGCGACUACGACGCAACCGACGACGGCGGAGGAGCCGAGCCCGGCGGUCAAGUCUGAAUUCGCCGGUUUCGCCGACCAACAAACCCCGGUCGUCGAGCCGACGACGGCGCCGCCGUCGUCCAACCCGUUCUUUGACGACGCCGAAGACACCGCCCCCGCGGGCGCUGCGACGGAUGACGUGAGCGAAGAGGACUUGCAGUACAUGCAAGAAAUGAUUCGCAAUCCGGAGAUGCAAAAGCUCAUGUACCCGUACUUGCCCGAGUUCAUGCGCAACCCGGAGACGUUCGAGAUGUUGCUCUCGAACCCGCAGUACAAGGAUCAAUUGAAAGGAAUCAUGCUUCAAAUGAAGGCUGGAGGUAUGGGUGCUCCGGGCGGCAUGAGCAUGCCCGACAUCAACUCUCCCGAAGUGCAAGAGCAGUUUGCGCAAAUGGGCAUGAAGCCGGAGGACGUGCUCACGCAAAUCAUGUCCGACCCCGAGUUGGCGCAAGCGUUCCAAGACCCCAAGGUGCAGGCCGCCGUCAUGGACUGCUCCACGAACCCGAUGAACAUCACCAAGUACCAAAACGAUCCGCAAAUCAUGGGCGUCUUUGAGAAGUUGGCGGCUUUGUUCCCGCAAGACGUCUCGGGCAUGGGCGGCGCGCAAUAGACCAUCGCGCGUCACAUUAGACCGUCGCGCGUCUCAAUUUCAACCAUUGUUAUUAAUUCAUGCGUCCACAA